GGCACAGGGAUCAGGUAGGAUUCCAAUACAGUCGAGCAGUCAUGUUUCAAAUCCGAAAUGCCCUCCGAAGAGCAGCCAUUCAAGUAGAUAAAAUCGGCUGGAAAACCGGAUGUGAGCAACCAAGAGCCUUAAUUUCAAGCGGACCACAGCAGCAGCACGGAACCUUCUAUGAAUUUCGCACCUACUACAUCAAACCGCACCUAAAUGCAACUUUCUUCAAGUUAACCAACGAGAAGAUCAAUCUCCGCACUGCCCACUCUGAACUGUUGGGCUACUGGAGUGUGGAGUAUGGAGGCCUUAAUCAGGCCUUUCAUAUCUGGAAGUAUGACAGCUAUGCCCAGAGGGCAGCAGUACGGGCAGCUCUGGCACAGGACCCUAACUGGAUUGAGCAGUACAUCUCCAAAGCCAUGCCCAUGCUAAACUCUCAGGAUAAUGAAGUUACAUAUCUGGUGCCCUGGAGCAAGAUCCAGAAACCACCCAAGGAAGGAGGUGUUUAUGAGCUGGUGUCAUUCCAGAUGAAACCAGGAGGUCCAGCUGUGUGGGGUGAAGCUUUUCAGGCAGCAGUUACCACUCAUGCUGCUCCAGGAUAUGCUCACCCAGUGGGAGUAUUCCACUCUGAGUUUGGACAGCUCAAUAGAGUGCACGUUCUGUGGUGGUAUGAAAGUGCAGAUCAUCGGGCAGCCAUAAGACACCAAGCCCAUAGUGACCCCAGAGUAGUGUCCGCAGUGCGACACAGUGUUUCCUGCCUGGAAUCCCAGAAAAGCAAGCUCAUGUUUCCUUGUUCCUACUCACCCCUCAAGUGAACAUUCUGCUGAAAUGGUUAACCAGGCUGGGAAUGUGGAGAACUGGCAACAUAGGAUCCUCUCAUACCUUCUUUUCUAAGCAGGCUGUAUGGAUGGAUGAAAAUGGAUGAAAGGACAUAUGGAUGGAACGUAUGGAAGUUGAGUUUAGAGCAGCAUAUGCAAGAUGUGUGUUGAACUAGGAGAUUGGCUAGUUUGUUUAUGUUCCUGUUACAUUACUAUGGAAAUGGAAAUGUACAAGAUAACGAUUGGUAGUGUAGCAUUGUUAUAAACAUAGUUCUAGUCCUAGUCAUUUCCUGCAUGUAAUGUUUCUACAGUAUAAUGAACCAACCAGGUCGAUUUCAAAAAAAUAAAGUAAUUAUUUAGAAAGUAAA